CAAAGAGAUAACUUUCAUUGAUAUAUAUCUUCUAGUACUUCAAUAUUUUAGAUAUUCACACAGAGGAGACGUUAAAUAUUGAGUACGGCUUUUUCGAAAAAUUUUCAACUAAAACAUGAGUCAAGAAUAUGGGCAGGGUGAAGAUGUGGCUCCGACCAACACAGAGCCUUCAACUGCGCUAUCGUUUCGUCCGACUGUUCACCAUUCUACGAGUGUUCCCGAAUCCGUAACAUCUUGGCAGGAGUCCACAUUUGAAAGCUCUUACCAGGAGUCAGGGAAGGGAAAUGAUAAAUCACCAAGCGCAGUUACCUUUGCCAAAGAUGAUAACUCUAAAGAUAACUUUCAAAAGAUGAAGAACAGGAAACUUGGCGAACUAUUUGCUAGCACUGAAAUGCUGUUUAAUAGUGGAAGAGAAGAAAAUAAAAGAAUGAAAGCUGUCUUUGGGGUGUUUUCGGGUGUGGCUGUCGGAAGUCUGAUAUUCGUAUUGUUAUACUGUAAUUUUGAAUACAGUGGUAUUGUUGCAGGAACCGUCGCAUCUGUCAGUACUAUUUUCAUUUGUAUUGGGCUAGCUUUCUUUCCGACCUGUAGAUGUAUCAUGGCUCUAGUUUUUCCAAACUUUACAACUGGAAAAGGACGAACACUACUUCUUUCGGUUAUUUUUGCUGGUAUGUUAACUGGGCCGAUUCUAAACAUUACACACAAUGGUAAAGAAAUCGGAAACAGCAUGGCAUGUGUGAUUGACCUAAUUGCCAAUCAAUCAAGAAUAUUAUUACAGCAGUCAAAAGAGCCUAUAAGAGAUGUUGCCAAAUAUAUAGAGCAACAAAGACAGUCACUAGAAAACAUCCAGAACAGCAUGUUUGUUGACUUUAAGGAAUUGAGAGACGCCAUUGAUGCACUGGAGAAUGACUUUAAUGUCGUGGAUACAAGUAUGAACAAAAUCUAUGAGGAAUGCACCAGCCCACUAAAGACAGCUAAUGAAAAAUGUAUAAAACAGUGUAACAUACUGAUACUUCCUAAUCCAAAAGCGGAAUGCCUAACUUGGUGCAGGACGCUAACUGAUAUAUGCUCUCCAUUAAAGAUAAGUGACAACUUUGCUGGUGUUACAAAAGAUAUGAAAGACAUUAUUGGCCAAGCAGAAAAGUAUUUUAGCCCUGGAGUUAAAGUAGAUGGUAAUUUUGAAGACAAUGGAAAUAACUCGGGAGAAAUCAGUAUGGUACAACGACGAAUAGAUGAGAAGACUGAGUCAAGCGUUCUUACAAUAAAAACUAUCAUUACGACAAUGAAGUAUGUGCUGUCGUUGUCUUUGCUUUUAAUGUUUAUCCAAGCGUUCUUAUACUUCAAAAAUUAUAUGGCGAAAGACGGGUAUGACAAUAUAUACAUAACAAAAGAAUUUAUUGAACUUGACAAGAAAAAGGAGGAAAAUGGCGAGGAAUCUUUAUUGCCUAUCAAGAAAAUAGAGAAAUCAGAAUACAUUCAUACUAGGUCAUUAAAACUAACAAAGCAAGAGCUUGACAGUUGUAAAACUGGUCUCGCUCAUGUUUUUAUACAUGCGUUUAUUUGUUUUGUCGUGGUUUUGUUCGAUUUCUUUCUCUAUUAUAUCUUAAAUCUCAUCCAGACGUUUGGUAAAGUUGAAAUAGACCUGAAUGAUAAACGCCGGUUGACCGUUGACGUUGAGGGAAAAGGUUUCAUUGCCAGCUUUUAUAAGGAAAUUUUUAAAGGCAUAAACAUUGAUGAUGUAUUCCAUGUACAUGUUAACCUAGACAAAUGUUUACCAAACCCAACAUCUACAUCUGGAGACACUGUUGUUGGCUUUUUCCUUCUCUAUCUACUGGCAUUGUGCUUCGUGAUGUUUCAUGGUUAUGGAAUGCGCAUGCGCCGGAAAAUUGCCGCAUACUUCUUUCCAGAACAAGAGGCUUCGCGAAUGGAAUAUUUGCACAAGACUAUUCGUCAUAAACGUAUCGCACGUCAAAGAUUUCUCCGUCAAGAAGUAAGGUCAGCUCACAAAGAAAGUUUUAUGAAGAAAGGAUUUCGGCUUUCUACGUGGCUCAUAACCAAUUGCAAAUGUAUUGCCAAACUUGUUCCAUCGAGAGAGCAGUUAGAGUGCAGCAGCUGUGAGGAGACAAAGGGAACAUUUGACUCAGUAAAACUGACGAAAUGUACUGGGGUAAGGGAUGAUGUUGCCUGUACAGCUGUCUAUUGUGACGACUGCAGAGUGAUUCUUGGCGGAGUUUGUCCUUUAUGUUACCAAGAGGAA